AUGCUUCACAGUCUCUCGGCCACAAUUUUUCUGAUUUUCUGUGCUCAACUACUGGUGCUCGGGUGCCCGCCUCAACCCAACGGAAAUUGCUAUUAUGGUUAGUUAAGAGACAACUGUAAGCAAAGCAUUUUAGUCGAAAAUGCCAAAAAACGUUGGGUGCGUAUUAUAUCUUUUUUCCAGGCGAAUACGCAUUGUCCAAAAACCAGGGAGGCUUCCAAAAUCAACAAUGCGGACAAGCGACUAACCGAGAUUGGUGUGCUGUCUCGUAAGUUUUGCCCUUUUCCUCUUCUUCUGGAAUGUUUCCAGUUGAGAACCAGUCAGUAUAUACUGGAUAUACUUGACAAUGUGCCCCUGUAUGUACAUGCACUCCACUCCACAACGUACUUGACGCCGUGAAAAGGGGGGUCUUUUGAUGGUUUCCAUUCAUUCGUCAUGUUUGCACCGUCUCCAUACUACCAACAAGAGCAAUUUCAGAUGUUUCCAAGGUUUUUUCGCCCAGAGAAAGCAAUCAUGCGCGUGUACAACUAACACUGUUUCCCUUCUCUGUUACAGAUAUCAACCAGCGACGCAAACAGCUAAUUUCGGAUGCGCCUCCACCUUCCCAAUAGAGGUUGGCAUUUUUUUAAAAAUUAAAAUUGAGGACCUAGUAACUUUAAGGUGGGAGGUCAGGUUUGCGGAGAAGGAGCUUUUAAUGUGAAUCAGCAGGGAUGCAGUAUGGUGCAAACGAUCAACGGACCGUGUUAUUUCUGCUGUUGCAAGGGAGGCAGUUGCAAUCAUCCGCAGGUAAAACUAAUGCGCUCUAUUGAGAAUAGAAAGCUGGCAAAGCUGUAAGCUAUUGGACUUUCCGGAAGAACCUACUCGAAGUCCUUGUACUGAACCCGGUCAACGGUUAUCUUAGGCUUUUUCGAAGCCUAAAACUUUGAUUCCGAUUGGAGCACUUGGUUCUGAAUUUCUUUAUGCUAAUUUCGAACAUUUAACAAAAUUGAACAUCCGUUUUAGACACCUUUCCGCGCUGAGCGUUGCAUAGAAAGUACGUACGCGCUUUUCAGUGCCUGAGCUCUUGACCCAGUUUCAAUAUUCCGGCCGGAUCCAAACUGAUUGAAGUCUGUUGAGUCCAAGUUUCAGACCGAUCGGUCUAUUCACUCUUGAGAUAUGCUGAAUUAAAAAACCAAGUUUUCUCCUGAGUGAAUAAUCCGAUCGGCCUCAAACUUGGAGCCAAGAUACUUCUAUCCAAGUUCAAGAAGCCUGCGAAGUUUGGAGUUGACCGGAAUACUGCGAGUGGCCCCACAAGAGCCCGUCCAAGACGGAAUACUAAUCCGAGCUAUUUCAGAUCUUUGCCCGCGAAGCCUCGAAACUGCCGAUAAACAACCAGCUGCAGCAGAAUCAGAUGUACUCAGCGUACGAUCGCCGCCAAUCCUACUACCCGAUGGGCUGGUACAAUACCGCUUCGCAGCCCUCCAACCCAUUCCUCCUCGUCGCGAUCAUUCUCAUCAUUCUCCUAGUUUUUUCCCGUUCUGUUUAA